AUGCCGCAACCAUUGCCCAGCAAGGAGCAGACGCUCUUUCGCUCUGUCGUCAAAUACUAUGAGGGAAAGCAACACAAGAAGGGCAUCAAAGCCGCCGACCAGAUCCUGAAGAAGCACCCCAGCCAUGGCGACACACAAGCGAUGAAGGCCCUCAUCCUCAAUUCUCAGGGACACGGCGACGAAGCUUUCACACUCUGCAAGCUCGCCCUGAAGAACGACAUGAAGUCGCACAUCUGCUGGCACGUCUACGGUCUGCUAUGGCGAUCUGUCAAGAACUACGAAGAGGCAAUUAAGGCAUACAAGUUUGCGCUGCGGAUAGAACCGGGUUCGUUGAAUAUUCUGCGCGACCUUGCCCUCCUGCAAUGCCAGAUUCGCGAUUACGAUGGCUACAUCGAGAGCAGGCGGAAGAUGAUGCAGGAGCGCCCGCAGCUGAGGCAGAACUGGACUGCUUUGGCUGUGGCUUUCCAUCUGGCAGGCAACCUGGUCGAGGCCGAAAACAUCUUGAAGACCUACGAGGAGACGCUCAAGCAAACCCCACCGAAGGGUGAUCUGGAACACUCAGAAGCUGUCCUAUACAAGAACACGAUUAUUGCCGAGUCUGGAGAUACUGAGCGCGCGCUGAAGCAUUUGGAUGAGAUCAUCAAGAGCAACUUGGACCGUACGUCUGCAUACGAGUUGAAGGCCAGGUACCUGCUCGAUCUUGGGCGCAAUGAGGAGGCUGAGCAGGCAUACCGCAAGUUGUUAGAAAGGAACAGCGAGUAUCGCGCAUACUUCGACGGUCUGGAAAAGGCGCUUGGCUUGAGCCGUGAGAACGAAGCAGACAUCAAGAAGCUAGCCGAGCUUUACCAGUCAUACGCCGACAAGAACAGCCGCAACGAUGCCACGAGGCGAGUCCCUCUCGACUUCUUGUCCGGCGAUGCCUUCAAGACCGCCGCAGACUCAUACCUUCGCUGGAAGCUGAAUAAGGGCGUUCCUUCGACAUUCCCCAACAUCAAGUCCUUGUACGCCGAUUCCGAGAAGAAGGCCAUCAUCGAAGAGCUGGUUCUUGGAUACGAGUCGGACAAGAAGACAAACGGUUCCGCCAAGGGGGAGACAAACGACGACAAAUCGGGUCGCUUCGAGCAGUCUGUGCUAUACUUCUUAGCUCAGCAUUACAACUAUGUGCUGAGCCGCGAUCUCAAGAAGGCAAAUGAAUACAUUGACCGCCUUAUCGAGAUGGACCCCAAGUCCGUUGACUACCAUCAGACCAAGGCACGUAUCCAGAAGCAUGCUGGUGACGUCCAAAAGGCGUCUGCGACAAUCAACCACGCCCGUGAACUCGACGAGCGCGACCGAUACAUCAACACGAAGUGCGCCAAGUACCAACUUCGCAACAAUGAGAACGAGAACGCUCUAGCGACCAUGAGCAAGUUUACACGUAACGAGGCGGUCGGCGGCCCCCUCGGAGAUUUACAUGACAUGCAGUGUAUGUGGUAUCUAAUUGAAGACGGUGAGGCGUACGCGCGCCAGCAAAAAUACGGCUUGGCCCUCAAGCGCUUCACUGCGAUAGCAGAUAUCUUCGACGUCUGGCACGAGGACCAAUUUGACUUUCACAGCUUCUCGCUACGAAAAGGACAGAUUCGCGCAUACAUCGACAUGAUCAGAUGGGAAGACCGUCUGCGCAGCCACCCCUUCUUCACACGAGCGGCUGUUAAUGCAAUCAAAAUCUACCUCACGCUGGCAGACGAUCCCAAGCUUGCGAAUCCUGAUCAGCUAGACCUUGACAAGCUUGAUCCAACAGAACGAAAGAAGGCCGAGAAGAAAGCAAAGAAAGAGAGAGAGAGGAAGGAAAAGGAGGAGGCUGACAGGAAAGCGGCCGCUGCCGCCCGUGCGACCGCUAAGGCAGAUGACGGAGAGACCAAGAAAGAAGACACCGAUCCUAAUGGCGAGAAGCUCAUGCAGACCAAGGAGCCCCUGGAGGCUGCCCAGAGGUUCUUGAAGCCGAUGCUUGAGCUCAGCACACAAAUUAUUGCAGCGCAAAACGUCGGGUUUGAGGUUUACCUAAGAAGCAACAAGUACCUGCUCGCUCUAAAGUGUCUGCAAGCAGCACGCGAGCUAGAUGCCGAGAACCCGAAGGCGCAUGAGCAGAGCGUGCGCCUCCGUCAAGCCCUCAGCAAAGUUUCCGAUCUUCCAGUCGAGGUGUCUCAGGUCGUCAAGGAGACUUUCACUACACCAGCCGCGGAUGCUGACCUGAAGGCGUACAACAACGACUUCAUCCAGAAGCACUCCGAGAGUGCAUCACACCUCCAAGCCGCCUACACUACUCGCUAUUUUCUCGACAACAGCACCCAGAGUCAAAACGAGGCGGACCUCAUCAAAACACUGGAUUUGCCAAACACUACAUUUGAGCAAGCUGAGCAGGGAUUAGCUUUGCUGGGCGAGUGGAAGAGCGAUGAGAAGGUCAGAGAUGAGUACAGGACCAAGGCUGCGAGCCAGUGGAGCGAAGCUACUGUGUUCAAGAAGUAG